AUGAACAGUGCAAAGGUGGUGUUUGUUCUCUUCAGUCUUUUCCUGGUGGGUUUUUGGAGCUGGAAGGGGGGAAGAGCUGAUGCAUUGACGCCGGCGGAGUGCAAGGAGGAGAGGAGAAUUCUGGUGAAUGCGUGUAAGGCAGUGAUCACGAAGCGGCCGCCCACGGCGUUUUGCUGCGAAAGGCUGAGGGUGACGCACGUUGAGUGCGUUUGCCCAGUCAUUACUCCAACACUGGCGGCCCUCAUCGAUGUCAAUUACGCUAUCAAGGUUAUCCAAGGUUGUGGAAGGCAAGUCCCUCGUCAUUUCAAGUGUGGAAGCAUCACAACUCCUUAG